GGAACGGUUAUGUUUUGGGUGACCGGCGUGGCCCCUUUGUUGAGGCCUCUAGGACACAAAGCCCUCACCUAAAGACUCGACCCCCCCCUCGGGAGGGAGGCAGGGCCCGGGGGCGGGAGCACAGCGGGGCCCCAGCCUCAGGCGCGUCACUGAGCACAAAGGAGACAGCAGGGAGGCGGCGGCGGGCGCUGAUCCUCGCUCGCCAGCCACUCGCGAUUGCGGUUACAGACCUGCAGCGCCCCCUCCCCCGCCCGCCGGCCUUUCUGUCUCCUCUCUCCCUCCGUACUGGACGGUCCCGCUGCAUUUCCGGGCUCCGGAUAUUUGGUGUCGAUUGGGGCUGGGGGCGCGGAGCAGGUGGCCGCGGCGGGGCGGCGGCGCCGCCAGCCGGGUGCGUCGGGGUCCGUGUCCCGCUGCUUUGGUCACCAGCCCCCGCCCGCCCGCGCGCCCCGCUCCGUUCUCCGGCCUGCGAGCGCUUCCCGCCGGACUUUGCGCCGCGUCGGGCGCUACUGCUGCGCUCGGGGCCCCGCUCGGCGCCGGCGUGAAAGGCGCGACCGGGACCCCGGCCCAAUAUGGCUGAAGUCAGCAUCGACCAGUCGAAGCUGCCUGGAGUCAAGGAAGUAUGCAGAGAUUUUGCUGUCCUGGAGGACCACACCCUGGCUCACAGCCUGCAGGAACAAGAGAUUGAGCAUCAUUUGGCAUCAAACGUUCAGCGGAACCGUUUGGUCCAGCAUGACCUUCAGGUGGCUAAGCAGCUCCAAGAGGAAGAUCUGAAAGCCCAGGCUCAGCUCCAGAAGCACUACAAAGAUCUUGAACAACAAGACUGUGAAAUUGCUCAGGAAAUUCAGGAGAAGCUGGCUAUUGAGGCAGAGAGACGACGCAUUCAGGAGAAGAAGGAUGAGGACAUAGCUCGUCUUUUGCAAGAAAAGGAAUUACAGGAAGAUAAAAAGCGAAAGAAGCACUUUCCAGAGUUUCCUGCAACCCAUGCUUAUGCAGAUAGUUACUGUUACGAAGAUGGAGACCAAUCAAGGUCAAGGAGGGCCAGGGAAUUGGGUUCUGGAUUCUCAAGACCUUGUAGACUCCAAAGAGAUGGAAAGACUGUGAAGCAGAAGAAGGAGAAACCAGAACAUCCACUGGAGAACUUGGAAGAGCCAGAACAGCAUUGUUCAUCAGAGAGAUCUCUGUCAUCCUCUAGCUGGGGCACAAUGAGGGACAAUCCCCAAAUGAACAGUCAGCAGCAUGAAAGGAAACGAUCCACUCAGAAGAGGCUCCAGAGACCUCCACUUCCCACAAUCAGUGGUGAAGUGUUUCUGAGCACUGAAUAUGAUGACUGGGAGGCUAAGAGUAACCAUCAGACUCGAAAUUGGGAAAAACAUUCUCAACACCAAGACCGACUUUCACCCAAGCCCUCACAAAAAACAGGGCUUCACUGCAAGGAAAUUGUAUAUGGGAGGGACCAUGGGCAAGGUGAGCACAGAAAAAGGAGCCACAGGCCCAGGACUCCUCCAUUCUCAGAGCGUGAGAAGCAGCUCCACCUCCACGACCCAGGAAUGAAGCCAAGAACAACAAAAGAAGCUAUAUCUACUGCAUCACGAGUGACCCACAGGGAUCAGGAAUGGUAUGAUGCUGAAAUUGCCAGAAAACUACAAGAAGAAGAACUUCUGGCUACCCAGGUGGACAUGAGAGCCGCUCAAGUAGCUCAAGAUGAAGAAAUCGCUCGACUUCUAAUGGCGGAAGAAAAGAAAGCUUAUAAAAAAGCCAAGGAGCGGGAGAAAUCAUCUUUGGACAAAAGAAAGCAAGACCCUGAGUGGAAGCCAAAAACAGCUAAAGCAACACAUUCAAAGUCAAAAGAGAGUGAUGAAUCUCAUCGUUCUAAGAAUGAAAGGCCAGCACGGCCACCACCACCUAUCAUGACAGAUGGUGAAGAUUUGGAUUACACUCAUUUUACAAACCAGCAGAGUUCCACACGGCAUUUCCCAAAAUCAGAGUCCUCUCAUAAAGGUUUUCAUUACAAGCAUUAAAAACCUAAGAAUCUGCCUUGAAAAUGGACUCACUUUAGCAAAUAUUACUGGGUGAUACCGAAUGAAUUCUACACGUAUUUUUUUUCAUCUGUGUUUGCAUUCCUGGGAUUUAUCCUCAAGCAUAUAUUUCUGACCAUAAAUAAUUUUAAUUCAUUUCAAAUGUUUUGGUUAUCCAUGAUCACUUGGGCAGUAUGAGAAAAUGUAGCUUCUGAAUAUUGGCCACCUCUAUGCUGCAUAUACAUCCUGGGAUAUAGUAUCUAAGAUCUCUGUAAGCUGCCAUUUUGUUAGGUAUAGAAGUUUGGUAUCUAGGGAGUAGGCCUUAUUUAGCAAUUCAAAUUUUAUGGAGAUGAAUGAUCAAAGUAAAAACAAUGUUUGGGUGCAACGCAGAAUAAAGGAAUAUAACAAAUAGCUUUUUGUUGCAUUAGUGUAUGAUAUUUUGAAGGACAGAGCUUUUGCUUUUUGUACUCUUUUGGAAAAGAAAAUCACAACCAUAAAGUAUUUU